AUGGCUGCCUUGAUCAAAAUGAUGUUUCCAAUUAUGUUCAUUGUAGUUCUAGCCGGUGUAGUUUCCGCCGAUUUACCUAGUACCUAUCACGUGGUUGGAGACGAUAAAGGAUGGACCUUGAACUUCGAUUAUCAAGCUUGGGCACAAGGAAAAGAGUUGUUGACGCGAUUAAAAAUUUGUAAUCAUGCAGUAUUCAAUUACAAUAAAGGUAAUCAUAACGUAUUGAAAGUAAAUGGGACCGGAUUCCAACAAUGCAAUGCGACUUCUGCUGUCGGGGAAGCUCUGAUUAGUGGCAAUGACAUCGUCACAUUGGCCACACCAGGAAGAAAGUGGUAUAUUUGCGGGAUAGGAAAGCAUUGUGAAGUCGGAAACAUGAAAUUGGUUAUAACCGUAAUAUUGCCUCAAGAUGGACCCGGAUCUCCGGCACCUUCACCCACCGGAACUUCUACUGCCGUACCAAAUUCUGCCGGAGCCGGGAAGAUGUCAAUGAAGUAUGUUGCAAUUGUUGCAACAUUAGCCAUCAUGCUUAUGCUUAUUGUUUAAACACUUCUUUUCAAUUC